AUGCAAGAUGAAAAUGGAGAAACUGCCCUUCAUAAGGCAUCAAAAUUCCGCUCUAUGAAAACAGCCAAAGUUCUUAUUUCUCGUGGCGCGAGAAUUUAUAUUAAAGAUAAUUAUGGGGAAACUGCAUUAUAUAAAGCCCAGCAACAAUCUAAAAAUUCCAGAAUUGUUGAAUUUCUUAUUUCAAAUGGUGCAAGAAAUUUCAGGGAUGAAUUUAUUAAUUAUCUCACCCAACGAAGAAAAUAUAUUGUUGAAGUUGACUAA